GCCUUCCCACAACAAUCUCUUUCUUCCUCUUCAAUUGGAUUAAACUCUUUUUCUUCUAUUAUACAAAUAUAAUGUCUAAUUUCGCUUUAUUAAUCUCUCUUCUAUUACUCACAAUCUCACAAUUCUUCAUCCAAGGUGUUAUGUCAUCAGCCACUUUUACAUUUGUAAACAAAUGUGACCAAACAAUUUGGCCAGGAAUUUUAUCAAACGCGGGUAUUGACCCGCUACAACCAACCGGUUUCGCCUUGAAAAAAGGCGAAACCAAAACACUGAGCGCCCCAGCAUCAUGGGGCGGUCGAUUCUGGGGUCGUACACAUUGUACCCAAGAUUCAUCAGGCAAGUUCACUUGCGCCACCGGCGACUGCGGAUCCGGGAAGCUAGAAUGCUCCGGCGCCGGCGCCACCCCUCCGGCCACCUUAGCUGAAUUCACCCUUGAUGGAGAUUCCGGGAUGGAUUUUUUUGAUGUGAGCUUAGUUGACGGAUAUAACCUUCCGAUGUUAGUGGCACCCAGUGGUGGGACCGGCCGGAAUUGUACGUAUACUGGGUGUAUGGUGGAUUUGAACGGCGCGUGUCCUAACGCGCUGAAAGUGAUGAACAGUGAUGGUGAAGGAGUGGCGUGUAAAAGCGCGUGUGAAGCUUUUGGUGAUCAGGAAUAUUGUUGUAGCGGCGCGUAUGGAACACCGGAUACUUGUAAACCGUCUUCGUACUCGCAGAUAUUUAAAGAGGCUUGUCCACGCGCUUAUAGUUAUGCUUAUGAUGAUAAAACAAGUACUUUUACUUGUAAUGGUGCUGAUUAUCAAGUCACCUUUUGCCCACCAUCAACCACCAGUAAGAAAUCAACCGAGCCGCAAGAAGCUCCCGACGCAGCACAAUUAGCCGACGGGAUGGUAUACGAAGGUGCUGACGCAAUAGAAACCAAUGGAGGUCCCCCACGAUAUAGCUACAUUUACAUGACUGUUGUGGCAGCCAUUCUCGCCGUAGCAUUGCUAUGAACCUAGUCUAUUCGGGUCGUAGUACUCCAAAUGGAUCAUCCAUUUACCUUAAUCGGGUUAAAGUUACGGGCCCUUUUUCUUACUACAUAUACAUUCAUAUUCACUCUUUUGUCCUCCCGACCCAAUUGGGCCCAGAUGUGACAUGGAUUUGAGUCAUCUUAAAAAGCUACUUCCCACCCAAAACCCAUCACUUUAUGCUUCCGGAUCACCUUUCUUUUUCCGAUUCGAUCCAAAAACAAGAUCAUUUUGCAUUAUUGAAAGUUGAGGAAAUUAGUGGCUAAUUAGUUUUUAUUAAUUUUUUUUUUUCUGAUUUUUUAGAAUUAUUAUUACUAUUAACAUAGGAUACCAUAUAUGGAUUAAAAUUCUUUAUGGAGCUAUUAGGUGUAUUGAUGCUACAUGUGAACCACUCUAUUUAGUGGGGAUAAUAAUGAAGGACUAUUGAUACAAUAUUAUUUAUUUUUUUAA